AUGUCCUUCAACGAUUCAAAUAAACAAAGCAACAAAGUAUUUCUAGAUUUCUCUCCAAAGAAAAUUUCAUAUCAGCAAGGAUAUUUAGGCAUCGAACCAUCUAGAGUGUCGGGGGUAUUGAAAAUUAACUACCCAUCCACAAAACCUUUAAUAGCAAAAGCGAUUGAAAUAAUAUUCUCUGGUAAAGAAGAAAUCAUUUGGACAGAAUAUCAACCGAAUGCUCGUGGAUAUACGACAUCCGUUGUUCAUUCGGAACAAGAUGAAUUUGCUAGGGAGGAAAAAUUAAUUUGGAGGGCAGAAAAAAAUCUAAAAGAUUUUAGCGAAAAAGAUCCUUAUGAGAAACUUAAUCAACUGGAUUUACCUUUUUCAUUUAAACUUGAGAAUAAUUUACCUUCUUCGAAUCUUAUCGAAUACGAUGAUGGGUUGGGAAGAAUAUAUUAUCGUAUCGUAGUUAUCAUUUAUCGUAAAUCUAAUAUUCUCAAAUUACAAGGAAAGAAAAAAGUGAUAAAAUUCACAAUUCCAAUUACUAGGUAUGCAAAAAUUCCUUAUAAACCCGAAGCUAUUGAGUGGAAUGCUUUUAGAAAAGAUAGUGUUAGUUACGACGUGAAGAUUGGUUGUACCAUUUUCGAUAAAGGUGAAACGAUCAUCUUUCCUAUUAAACUUAUACUUCAUAAUCCAAAUGUUAAAAUAAAGAAAGUUGGUGCUGGAAUAAAACAAUAUACAAGAUUAUGGAAUGGUGGUUCCCCAGUUAAAUCGGAAAAAAAAUAUCUUGCAUCGAAAGAAGUCGAAGGUGAUAAAAUCAACAUGGUCGUGGAUUCGGGAAAUGAAUAUUAUGUUGAAAUGGAAGUAACGAUCCCUAAUAAUGAUUCAACAAAAUAUUCUACAAGUCGAAGCCUUAUCACUAUUUGCCAUCAAAUUAAAGUAAAAAUUAGACUUGUUGCUGAAGAAGACAUAUUGUUGGAAAGGAAA